GAGGCUGUUUAUAGCUUCGUAUGGGGACUACUCUGACAUAGGUUCAUUCUCUCCUUGCUGCUUUAUGAUGCCAGCUGCUGACCUUAGAGCCCUGCCAUGAAACCUCACUUGAAGCAGUGGAGACUACGAACGCUUUGUGGGAUAUUUGCUUGGGGGAUCCUCUUCCUGGUGAUAUUCGUUUACUUCACUGACAGCAACCCUGCUGAGCCUGCACCCAGCUCCUUUGCCUUCCUGGAGACCAGGAGGCUCCUGCCCAUGCAGGGGAAGCAGAGGGCCAUCAUGGGUGCUAUGCAGGAGCCCUCCUUGCCAGAAAGCGUGGAGGCAAACAAGGGGCUGCUUGAUGGACACGCCACAGGGCCUCUCCACCGGCAGAAAUGGGCCCAGGUGCAAAGUGGGGUUGAAAAUAAAGACGAGUUCUUUUCAUCCCAGAUUGGAAGAAAAUCUCAAAGUACUUUCUACUCGGAGGACAACGACUAUAUUUUUGCUGCUGGUCAGCGAGGGCCUCACAGCCAUACUCAGGGGACAUGGGAGUCGCUUUCCCCCAGACACUCUGGCCAGCGGGAGGGGCUAUCGACGGUGAAGAAAAGGCACCUGCAUAAGAGGAGCAGCCAUUUGCUGGAGGAGGGCGACGAUGGAGACAGGCUGUAUUCCCCCAUGUCUAGGACCUUCCUGCACCGGCUGUGGAAGGGAAACGUCUCUUCCAAGAUGCUCAACCCGCGCCUGCAGAAGGCCAUGAGAGACUACAUGACCGCUAAUAAGCACGGCGUGCGUUUCCGCGGGAGGCGGGCGGCGGGGCGGAGCCGAUCGGCUCUGCUGUGCGCCCUGCGGCGCCGGGUGCGAGUGCGCACGCUCGAUGGCACAGAGCCCCCCUUCUCUGCGCUGGGCUGGCGAGCUCUAGUCCCCACCGUGCCACUCAGCCAGCUACACCCGCGCGGCUUGCGCUCCUGCGCUGUUGUCAUGUCUGCCGGCGCCAUCCUCAACUCCUCCUUGGGGGAGGAGAUAGAUUCUCAUGAUGCAGUUUUGAGAUUUAAUGCUGCUCCUACACGUGGCUAUGAGAAGGACGUUGGAAAUAAAACCACUGUGCGCAUCAUUAAUUCCCAGAUUCUGACCAACCCCAACCAUCACUUCAUUGAAAGUUCAUUAUAUAAAAAUGUCAUUUUGGUGGCCUGGGACCCUGCUCCUUAUUCUGCAAAUCUUAACCUGUGGUACAAGAAGCCAGAUUACAACCUGUUUACUCCAUAUGUGCAGCAUCGUCAGAGAAACCCAAAUCAGCCAUUUUACAUUCUUCAUCCUAAAUUUAUAUGGCAGCUUUGGGACAUUAUCCAGGAGAACACUAAGGAGAAGAUUCAGCCCAACCCACCAUCUUCUGGCUUCAUUGGAAUCCUCGUCAUGAUGUCCUUGUGCAGUGAGGUGCAUGUGUAUGAGUACAUCCCAUCCAUCAGGCAGACAGAGCUCUGCCACUACCACGAGCCCUACUACGAUGCAGCCUGCACACUGGGAGCAUAUCACCCACUGCUCUACGAGAAGCUGCUUGUGCAGCGCCUGAACACGGGUGCCGGGGCUGACCUGCGCCAUAAAGGGAAGGUGGUCCUGCCGGGGCUGCGGGCUGUGCACUGCCCCAACCCCAGCUCAUGAAAAGCAACUCUUGGGAACCAAUGUGCAAUAAGGUACUAGUGUUGUGCUCUAAGUCACAAAACAAUACUUGAAGAUAUAUUUUAGGCAAUGUAGUCUUGAGUCUUUAAACUGUAGUUUAGUGAUGGCCACAAGAAUUCUUUAUCUAAGCCAUUGAGUAUUUAUUACUGCUUUGAAUAUAAUAAUGGAAUUAAAAAGGAAAAAAAUAGAUCAAGAAAGAUGCAAAAAAAGAAAAAGAAUAGCUGAAAAAAGGAAAAUGUGUAAGAAAAAUGUUAAGCUUUCUGGGUCAGUUUUGUGACACAUCUAAUAUUAAGAAAUAGUUUAUACUGCAAAACAGUGACACUGAGGUACAGUAUAACAUCUAGUGUGUCACUUGUAUGGGCAUUCAUCAUUAAGGAACCUAGAGUUUAUGAUACUGUCUGAAUUAGCACUCAGAUGUAUUCUUUUUAACAGCAAAAAUCUUUAGAAUAUCCUGUGAGGUGCUUGUGUUUCCAAACCAUUGCAUUCACCACCUGUGCUUCCUAGUAUGCACUGAGUAAUUUGCUCUUUGUAUCAGGACCAUUUAUAAAAUCCUAAAGCACCCAUUUUGAACAGUCCAAAGAACAAGCCAACCCUAGAUUAACACCUCUGAGGAGACACUUGGUUUUCCUGCAGAAUUUCCUUACUCAACUAGGAGUAUUACCCAAAGCAACGUCACUGGCAAGUAACACAAUCAUGAGGCUGCAGGGUGGCCCUGGACAAGAUAGUCCCAAACUCCAGCAUUCCCACCUUGUACCUUCUGCUCUGCCAGUCCUCCCCACAGCCUUCAUAGUUUAUACACACUGACAAGGACAACACACCUAUGGGAGAGGUCUCCUUCCAAUCCAGAAGGAAAGGUUGCAGAGCAGUAACCCUGUGCUUCUGGGGAUGCACACUUGUGUCUUUUAUAAGGAUUUCUUGCAGGUCAAUAUCAGCUAUUGGAAACCUGACACUAAUUCUUCCUACAGUUGGACAUUUAGGAAUCCCAUCCUUGUUUUCAUGAAUAUGAUUUUUAUCAGCAAUAUAACAAAGCCACCAUAUAAUUAAAUAAAAUUGUGUGAAAGUAUGGCUCUUUAACAAGGACAACACAUAUCUGCUUCAGAGGAAAUGCAGAUAGAGGUGAAAUUGUCAUCCCAAUGCUUAGCCAUAUAUAGUUUCGGAGGAGGUUUACCUUAAUUUUUGUCACUGUUACAUUGAAAAAAAUUUGAUAUGAACAUAGUGAAACAGAAACAUUUGAAAUACCUUAAUUAAACAUGGUAUUAUUUCAAUAUAUAGCCAAGACACAUUUCAGCUUUCUGGUCAACACUCUUCACAAAGACCAUAGCAGCUUAAUCAAAUAUGCUCUCCCUCAAAAGUGUGUGAAUGUCAGAAGAGUUUAUAGGAAGUUUUCUUGGUGCAGGAUUGUUUUUUUCCUAAGUUCUCUAAGGACUACUUUCUUAAGCAAGAGUGAUUUAUAGCCAUUUGAUCAAUCUACACAGCAGAAAUCCAGUUGGAUAACAGAUAUCUCCUAUGGCUCAUUAUAAUAGUGAAGUAGGAGUAAUUGAAAAAAGUUUUCAACAUGGCAGUGUCCACUGAAAGCCCAUUUUGAGAGCUUUGUUUCUAGAUUUAUGAUAAGGGAUCAAUAAUUUUGUCCUAUACGUUAGCUAUGUCCAAGCAGACAUGGUCAAGCCACUUUUCUUUCUUAUCUCCCAAAAGAGCUUGGUCUUGUCUGCAUGUUUAGUGGGUAGUAAGUGCAGUAAUUCUGAAUGCUGGUGAGGUAGCUGUGAUGCAGAGUGAGCACUCCUCUUGCAGUACUGUUUCUCCCUGGACCUUCCAGGCUCUGCCUUCAAAUGCCCACAACAUUGAAAUAUCUUUGGUAGUCAUCCUAGUGGAUUCCUUUACCACAUCCUUAUCACCCAGGACAACCCCCUUUGAUGACAUUAGAAAUUGGUUCAGGGAAAAUUUAUUGGGAGUCAGUGUAAACAUGCAAGUUCAAAAGCCCCAGAAAACACUUAAAAGAUUUUUAAAUUGCAUAGUGUUGUAAUGCAUAUACUUUUAAAUUACUUUCAGUUUCACUGAAAUUAUAAGAAAGACUGAAGAGUAUAGAGAAAAUUUAAUUAAAUUGUUUGAAUUUGUUAUGGUCUUAAAGACUCUUGGGAGUCAGGAUUUGUUAAACAUUCCAGAAAUAUAUAUAUUAAGAGAGCACAGGUUGGACAUUCUUCUAUUUAAAAGUUUAAAUUGUUUACCCUGACCAAAUAUUAAGCAGUUAGUGUUACCAUUGAUGACUGCUUUGAGGAUUAGCCAAAUUUGGUAUUAUUUGGCCAGACAUUAAUUAAUCCUUAUAUGUUACAUAUGCUGAACUACAGUAAACACACAGGCCUUUUGAGGCAUAGUUAAUAAUAAAUGGUGCCCCACUGCAUUUCUUCCAAGCUUUGCCCUUCUAAUACCCUUCAUCCUCUUCUGUGAAGGGACACUGAUAAAGCCCUUACAGAGCAACCCGAAGCCAUUAGGUGUCUCUUUUCUUCACUCUCAGGACUGACAAAGAUCACUUUGCUGUAUAUUUCAAGACAAAUUUCACUUGAUAAUUUUUUGUUCCCAUUAUUGUAAUCACAAAAAAACAAAUGUUGGCCAAGAAUGACAACUCAUCAUCAUCUAGAUUCUUUCAAACUCCUUUCACCAGUCACUCCACCAGGUACGAAAGUAAGGUGUGCUAGAUAUAUGUAGCAUUCUCACUGUUCCAUGGAAUACAGUGCUGGCCCUGUGUAUCUGACCCUCCCCCUAAGUCCUUACAGGCCUGCUUUUUUCAAAAACUGGUGCACAGAGCCAGGAUGUGGUCAAUCAAAGUUGUAUGUGAGCAUUAGGCAAUACCAGGGGUGUGCAUUAAAAUGGGCCAUGUGAAGGACUUUUUCACAUCUUUCAAUUACUGAGUCUUUUUCUUGUGUGCCUGGACACAGAGCUCAAGGAACCCAGCAUAAGCACCAGCAUCUCCUGUGUGUCUCAGGCAGGCAGUUGAUACUGGACUCUCCGGUAAUCAUGUGUCCUUGUAGCCAUAGCAUCUGGACAAACAGUGCUGAAUAAUCAUUAGCAUUUUCAGAACUGGGAAAUAAAAGUAGCUGAAGCUACCACGGGGUUGCAUGUUUAUGAGUCAGGUCAUUCUGGUGGAACAGAUUAAUACCUUGUGCUGUAGGUGGCAGCACUUUCAUCCACUGAACUAAUUAGGCCCAGUUGGGCCACAUUAGGUGGGAUCAAGCCUCACUUGUGUCAUGAGAUGAAAGAAUUUAGUGUGAACAAAUGACAAGAUUCAAGUUCUCUUUCCAACCUUUCUUAGAGAUCAUGGCACAGUGAAUGUUUGGAUGGUGGCCAAAGUGACCUAGUCUCAUUUCUGCUUAGCUGUGGAAAGGAAAUAGGGGAAAUGAGGUGGGAGAAUUAUCGAGAAAUAUAAAACUAAAUAUAUAGGCCAAAUAGUCUAAGAAUAUAUUCUAUCAUACUAUCUGUUUUGACUUCUCAGUUUCUGAUAGUUUAGAACUCUACCCAGUGGUUACAUAGCUGAAGAAAGUACGUUUGCAAUGCAUUGCUUACAUAAAAUAUGCCUGAGUUCAAAUUUGUGUUUUAUAUUCUGGGUGUUUCCAUUGUGAAAUAUUCUGCAUGUUUCUGUCACUGGGGCAUAAUCUGCACAAUUGGUAAAUGAAGGGUAUUCUCUGUCCAUUCAAGAAAGAUAUAAGUGCUGAUUCUUGUUUUAUUAAAUGAAUGAAGCAUUUUAGAAAAAAAAAACAUAAUCCAGCAUAUAUCUCUACAUGUUUGGGCUAGUAGAAUUUAAGGAUUGAUAUAGCUCUCACUCUUGUCAUAGAAGUGUGCGUAUAGUUAUCUAUUGUAUAUACACAUAUCUAUACAUAUAGUUGAUUUUUUAUUGUCUUUUUCAUCAAAUUUCAUUUCUGAAACCUUUAUGAUACACUUUAAAUAUACAAACCACCAAUUUUAAAAGAAAGAAGUACCUUGUUUUGCCAUGU